AUGCAGGUGGGAGAGGAGAUGGCGUCACUCACAAAAAUAGCAUGCCCGAUUGUGAUGACAUCACUGCUCAUUUUUUCAAGAUCAAUAAUUUCAAUGUGGUUCCUGAGUCACCUCGGAAAAGUAGAACUCGCUGGCGGUGCGCUUGCCAUGGGCUUCGGAAACAUCACCGGAGUCUCCGUACUCAAAGGCCUUUCCGUUGGUAUGGACCCAAUAUGUGGCCAAGCCUUCGGAGCUAAACGUUGGACCGUACUUAGCCAUACGUUUCAGAAAAUGUUCUGUCUUCUAAUUGUCGUCUCCAUUCCAAUCGCCUUUGCGUGGCUUAACAUCGAACCCAUCUUCCUCAAGUUGGGUCAAGACCCGGAUAUAACCAAAGUCGCCAAAAUCUACAUGCUCUUUUUCGUCCCUGAGCUCUUGGCUCAGGCCAUGCUCCACCCCUUGCGAACGUUCCUCAGAACGCAAGGCCUGACUUCACCGCUAACAAUAUCUGCCAUUGUGUCCAUCCUUCUUCAUCCUGUCUUCAACUACGUCUUCGUCGUGCGUAUGCGUUUAGGCGUUAAGGGUGUUGCGAUCGCAAUGGCUUUUAACACUAUGAAUAUCAACGUGGGACUUCUAGUUUACACGUGCUUCUCGGAUUCUAUCAUCAAACCGUGGGAAGGGCUCGCUUUGCGGUCGCUUUUCCGCGGCUGGUGGCCACUGCUUUCUCUAGCCGCACCAAGCGCUAUCUCGGUGUGCUUGGAGUAUUGGUGGUAUGAGAUCAUGCUUUUUCUUUGUGGGCUUCUUGGGAACCCUAAAGCGAGUGUAGCCGCCAUGGGAAUACUGAUUCAGACCACGGGGAUAUUAUACGUAGUCCCGUUUGCGAUAAGCAGCGCCAUUGCUACCCGUGUAGGACACGCGUUAGGAGGCGGCCAACCCACACGGGCUCAAUGUACGACUGUGAUUGGUUUGAUACUUGCAGUAGCGUACGGGUUAGCAGCUGCUGUUUUUGUAACGGCGCUUAGGUCGGUUUGGGGAAAGAUGUUCACGGAUGAACCGGAGAUUCUCGGGCUGAUUUCAUCCGCGCUUCCGAUAUUGGGGCUUUGUGAGAUUGGAAACUCGCCGCAGACGGCUGCAUGCGGAGUCUUGACGGGGACGGCGAGGCCUAAAGAUGGUGCACGCGUUAACCUAUGUGCAUUCUACAUUGUAGGGUUGCCUGUGGCAGUCACGACUACGUUUGGGUUUAAGGUUGGGUUUCGUGGGCUAUGGUUUGGACUGUUGGCUGCACAGAUGACGUGUUUGGUAAUGAUGCUUUAUACGUUGAUCCGUACGGACUGGAGCCAUCAAGUGAAGCGGGCUGAGGAACUUACAUCCGCUGCAGCCGAUAAAAGUCACUCGGAAGAAGAAACCGUCCAUGCUGAAGUAGAAGACGAAGAUGAUGUUGGUAGUAAUGAUCUGGAGAUUGGUUUACUACAAAACACGAAUUGA